UUACAGAUACAAAGAGUUACUACAGCAAUCAUGUGCAAGCUGGUCAUCCUUCUCGUGGCGGCCGUGGUCAUCACCGUCACUCACGCUCACCCACAUCCCGACCCUCCGUGUCCGUCGAUGCACGUGCUGAGAGAGUGUACAUGCACCAGCCCUUACAACGGCUACCCUAACAUCGUCUGCGAUGGUCACGAUAUGUCCAGCAGCGAAGCGUUCAGCGUCAUGGCGGCGUUGCCUCGUGGCAUUACAUAUUCUCACAUCGAGCUGCAUGGGUUCUAUGACAUGGAGGAGGUGCCCGAGCACGUCUUUAACGGCCUGCACUUUGAACACGGCUCGCUAAAGAUUGAUGACAGUCACCACCACGGGGUGGCGCCAGUGCUGCAUGAACACUCCUUUGAAGAGAUGUAUCAUCUGGAAGAACUCACGCUUUCCUACUUGAAGCUGACUGCUUUACCAAUGAGCAUCGGGUUCACCAUCAUCGACCAAAUCGUAAGGUUUAGCCUGAAGGGCAACGACAUCACCUGGCCUCACAUGGACGACGACACCUGCUAUCCACACAACGCCAUCGUCGAAUUUAACAUGGCCGAAAACAACCUUGAGUACAUCGACCAAAGGGCGCUGUGCGGCAUGACUAACCUGAAGGUUCUGGAUCUGAGCUCUGCUGCCGUCUUUUACCUACAACCGGGCACCUUCGCCUACGCCGAAAACCUGGAAACUCUGGAGCUAGCCGGCAAUGGUCUGGUGUCGCUGCAGCAGGGCGUGUUCGCUGGUCUUCAUCACGUUGAACAUCUGGACUUCACUGGCAACCGUUUGACGUGGAUUGUUCCGGGAGCCUUUGAUGAUACCGAAGGCAUCCGUACGGUCGAUAUGCCCAACCAACACCUCUACUACAUCGCAGAGGAUGCAUUCAGGGGACUGACAGACAUUGAGGAGAUCGACCUGUCUGGCAACCAUCUUACGACCCUCGCCAGGAAUGUGUUUGACGACAACCUGUUUGAUCAUCAUCAUCAUCACUACCAUCACCACAAUCACCACGACGACCACGUACAUAUAGAUCUCACGGGUAGGUGGCGCUGUAGCUGAUGCGUCG